AUGUCAAUGCACACCUCUCUCCGCCGCACCGCGGCCACAAUAACCAACUCAACAACCACCAUCCUCCCAAGACUCCCAACCCAACCUACGGCAACAACCUUCAUCUGCUCUCAAUGUCGACACGCCACCCUCCUCCGCCGCCCUAAGCGCCCCUACACCUUCACACAACUGAUCACACUCAGCGAUGGCAGCACAUUCACGCACCGCACGACCUCACCGGCCCCGAUCUACCGCUCCACACGCGACACGCGCAACUCGCUCCUGUGGAACCCAUCCAGCAGCAAGCUGAUGAACGUCGAAGACGACGAGGCCGGUCGUCUGGCGGCUUUCCGUGCCCGUUUCGGCCGCGGGUACGAUGUCAACACGCCUGCUGAGCCUGUUGAUCCUAAGGAUGCUGCCGCAGUUAAGGAGAAGGAGGCUGCUGCUAAGGCUCAGGCUGAUGCUGAGCAGGAGGAGGAGGAUAAUUUGCUCGAUUUGAUUAGCUCUUUCGGUCAGAAUGAGGCUCCUCCGCCUGAGAAGAAGCCUUUUAAGAAAUAG